ACAUUCACAGGACUACUGAUGAGGAUUUUCCUUUGAUAUUCAUUAUGAUGUUCGCUCGACGUCUCAGCCCCAAGCCCGCAGGCAAUAAAUCGCCGUGCUCCAACAUCUGCUAUUCCUCCUCGGUCGUCUUGUCUGUCACUCUCCCGUCAACCGCGACUGUAGCUCGGCGCCCGUCGCAUAUCGAUAUACCCGAUAUCCCUCGAUCCCCCGUGCAUGUGAGGAUGAUCCAUGAUAAGCAGCACGUAAGUCACGGUCUGUGCCAAUUGGCCCCCCCGGUCGUGCCAUUUAUACACACCGUGUCGCCGACCCGCCAACGUCACAGCGCAUCGCCCCCCUCGCCGCCUGAGCCUCGAGUCAGCUCGUCUCGACUACUCUCGAACUCUCCAUUCGACUACUCCCCAUCCCCCCCAGACCCGAACCUUCCCCUUUUCUGUUAUCUCUCUUCGAGAACGUUCGGGGCACACGCACUCUUCUCUGCUGCAACGACGUAAGAGGAGAGGCACAUGUGGGGGUUCAUACGGUGCAACGUUGUAAGUGCAUUCAUUGCCUC